AUGAAACCUUCGAGGGGCAAAAUACAUUUGUUUGUAGUCCCUAAAUACAAAAGACCACAAAUUUUCAUUGAACAACAAAGGAGAGGCUCUUUGCCGAUGACUCUAAAGAACUAUUCAGAGAAACCGACAGUAGUACAGGUAUGCAAUAGACGAACGAGAUUCAAAGAUCCUGGAGCAAUUCGGAAUUUUGAAAUGCGCAAACAUAGAUACAGGAAACCUUACAGAAAAGAACAAUGCGAUGAAAAAUACAUUACACGUAGCAAAAAAAGAGGUUAUAAAAGAAAAUAUGUUUUGCAAAGAAAGUCGGAGUCAUUACCGCCUCCUCGAUCAGAAAGGAAAAUGAAAUUAAAGGGACGCUCUGUAAGUGCCAAGCCGCGAUAUGAAACAAGAUACGUCAGCGUUAGCAGAAGCCCCCCCAAAGAGCCACUAAGUCGGAGAUGCGCCAACUGUUUCUAUAGAGUUUGCUGUCAAUUCUAUUGCUAUCUCACUUGUAUAGGGAUGUUCACGUUUUGCAUUAUUUAUGUUUUGUAA